UGCUUUCUCGACAAAAAAUGCUUUCAAAGAUGAAAGUGAUUGUUCUCUUGUCGUUCUUGCUUAUUUUUCCAUUGUGUUCUUCAAAGAUUGGAGAGAGACAUGGAGAUGGAGUUCCUCACACAAUCCAAUAUUCAAUAAAGAUGGUUGAAGAAAGAAUCCCAAAAAUGAUGGAUUAUCCAGAAAGAGGCGCAAACCCAAGCGACGAUCAGAAAAUAAACGGUUGGGGUCGUCCUCUGCGACCACCGCCACCGCAGAUGAAUGAGAUGAAUCAUCAGAAAAUAAAUGGUUGGGGUCGUCCUGUGCGACCACCGCCACCGCAGAUGAAUGAGAUGAAUCAUCAGAAAAUAAAUGGUUGGGGUCGUCCUGUGCGACCACCGCCACCGCAGAUGAAUGAGAUGAAUCAUCAGAAAAUAAACGGUUGGGGUCGUCCUGUGCGACCAACGCCACCGCAAAUGAAUCAUCAGAAAAUAAAUGGUUGGGGUCGUCCUGUGCGACCACCGCCACCGAAUCAUGAGACAACCAACAGUUGGAGUAUUCCACCACCACAAAAUCAUGAGACAACAAAUAGUUGGAGUAUUCCACCGCCGCCGAAUCAUGAGACGACCAACAGUUGGAGUAUUCCACCGCCACCGAAUCAUGAGACAACCAACAGUUGGAGUAUUCCUCCACCACCGAAUCAGAAAACCAACAGUUGGAGUAUUCCACCGCCACCGAAUCAUGAGACAACCAAUAGUUGGAGUAUUCCACCGCCACCAAAUCAUGAGACAACCAACAGUUGGAGUAUUCCACCACCACCAAAUCAUGAGACAACCAACAGUUGGAGUAUUCCACCGCCGCCCAAUCAUGAGACAACCAACAGUUGGAGUAUUCCUCCACCACCAAAUCAGAAAACCAACAGUUGGAGUAUUCCUCCACCACCGAAUCAGAAAACCAACAGUUAGAGUAUUCCACCGCCACCAAAUCAUGAGACAACCAACAGUUGGAGUAUUCCACCGCCACCAAAUCAUGAGACAACCAACAGUUGGAGUAUUCCACCGCCUCCCAAUCAUGAGACAACCAACAGUUGGAGUAUUCCUCCACCACCAAAUCAGAAAACCAACAGUUGGAGUAUUCCUCCACCACCGAAUCAGAAAACCAACAGUUAGAGUAUUCCACCGCCACCAAAUCAUGAGACAACCAACAGUUGGAGUAUUCCACCGCCGCCGAAUCAUGAGACAACCAACAGUUGGAGUAUUCCACCACCACCAAAUCAGAAAAGAAUCAAUGGUUGGGGUCGUCCUAUGCGUCCACCACCAACGCAGAUAAACUAUAAGAAUCAUGAUAACGAA